AAUCCGCUUUUUUAACGUAUUUCGGAGACGCCGCGGUUAACACGCAAGGUCUACUUUCUGUCAAAAAUAUUCACUAUUCAGACACCCUCCACCGCCUUCCCCACCGACAUCUCAUGCGUUAAAGUGACGAGUGCGGUUAGCGCCCCGCUCCGGCCAUGGGCUUUGAAGACAUCUACGAUUACGACGUGGAGGACCGUGCAGCCGCAGGCUCCGCCGCCCUCCGCAGCCAGUAUGUGGUCUCUCCCAAAAAGCAGCUGGUGCGGAACUGGGAGCUCUUCAUCUCCGUCACCUCGCUGGCCUCCAUUGCGAUCACUCUCUACCAGGUGUCUUUCGAUGCCAACAUGCUUUGGCUGGUGGCCAUCGAGUACUGCCUCGACGCGAUCUACGUCCUGAACAUUGUGUCCCGCUUUUACAUCGGCUUCGAGCACCAGGGGCUGGUCACCUUGGAUAAGAACCAGAUCCGGAAGCGAUACCUUCAGUUCUGGUUCAUCGUGGACGUUUUGUGCAUCAUUCCCUUCGAGCUGGUGAAAAUCCCUUAUCCAUCUUUGUCUUUUCUGCACGUGAAUCGACUUCUGAAGGUUGGGAGGUUGCUCAAUUUUAUGUCGGCUCUUGGCAAAGAACCAGACGUGAAUAAGGUUCACAUGGCUGUCUUGAAUUAUAUAGUUGUGAUUGUUCUCUGUAUCCAAGUAGCAGCAUGUUCCUGGUUUUCUUUGAUUUGUACAUCUGUUCAUCAUUCUGAAGCCAGAGUCUGCCUUGAAAAUUCCUGGUUGAUGUUGUUACCCCGUUUUUCAAAGAAUAUAUCCGUGGUCAGUGAUUUUGACUUAUAUAUUGCCUCGGUGUAUUGGGCAGGAGUCACACUGUGUGCAGUAGGAUACGGAGAUAUUCAUCCAGUGAUCAUUAGCGAAGUCUACCUGUCGGUUUUGGUGAUGAUUACCGGUUUAACAGCCAUUUUUGGAAUGGUUAUGACUGGAAUGAGCUCCAUCAUUACAAACCUCGAUGCUCGCAGAGGAAGGUUCUACCACCGACUGGAGGCUAUCAAAUUCAACAUGAAAGACAUUGGCUUGCCUGAUGAAAUUCAAGCAUGGGUGUACAAGUAUUACAUAUACCUGUGGAAGCAUCGGAAAGGGAGCAUCGUGUCUGGGUUACUGGACGACCUUCCUUUCACUCUCCGCUCAGAAAUUGCUUCAGCUUGUUAUCAGCCACUGAUGAAGAAGGCCACUUUGUUUCGAGGGACUGAUGAAGGCUUCAGAAGAGCUUUGUCAGUUAAAAUUAACCCCUACACGUACAGCACUGGGCAAAUUCUGGCAAAGACUGGAGAAAUCAGUCAGUCCAUGUACUAUGUUCAGCAUGGGCUUGUGCAGGUCUUUGGAGAUGGUGGCCGUGGUGACAGAGUGGCCACCUUGUUACCUGGAUCAUUAAUUGGAGAGGUGUAUUUAAUGUACAAAAUUCCAAGAAACGUCACAAUUUGUGCCGCAACCCUGUGUGAGGUUUGUAUCCUAGAGCGGAAGGACCUCCUUGCCUUAUUUGCAGAUUUUCCUGAAGCUGGUGUAAAGAUUUCCCGCACAGCAAGGAGAAGAUUGAGAAACAUUGCCCACCCCAUAAAGCACGCCUUUGAUAUUGGAGUUGCAUCGAAUCCUCAUAAUGUGAUAUUUCACAAGGAUCUGGCGGUUAACCUCAUGCCCAGGGAUCGGAAGCUGUUCCACCUGUUCCUGGAUUAUGUUGCGCGUCACUCGGCGGCAUUUCCUGCUUCUGUGAAAACAACUUCAGAAUCCUCGAAGCCAUUUUGGAGUAAAACUAUUCGACCAGACAGCAAAUUUGCCAAAAAAUGGGAAAUUGUCUUAUUUUGGUGCAUUUCCAUUUCAAUUUUCAUAGAGAGCUGGGUGGUGCUCUUUACCAACAAUGCAGAAACAAUAGGAUAUUUCAGCGGAGGUUGGGGUGCACUUUUUCUUACUUUAGCAAGUAUAGCGGAUAUUGUAGCUGUUGUGGAUAUUUUCAUCAACUUUCGGAUGCAAGUCCCUUCAAAAGAUGGCUACUUAUCAGACUUUAAAAGCAUUUUCAGUCACUACCGUAAGUCUGGGAGCCUCUACUAUGACAUGUUUGCUGUUUUCCCCAUGGAUGUGUUCUCCUUUAUAAGCAGUGGCAACCCCCACUGGAAUGUUUUGGGACUGUUUCGACUGAACCGACUAAUCUGGAUCCGAAAGGUAUUCUUAUUUUUCUCCAAAAAUGAAAAUGACCUGGACAAGAAUUUGAUCGAAUACAGGACAGCAAAAUGUGUCUUUCUCUUGGUAUUUUCCAUUCACUUUUGUGCAGGUAUCUAUUAUCUGCAAGGCUGUUAUUAUAACAGGUGUGACCCACAAUCCUGGGCUUGGUAUAAUGGCUUGAAGGCAUACCAGUCUAACUUUUACCAUUACAUGACUUCUGCCUACUGGGCUGUGACUACAAUGACAAACACAGGAUAUGGUGAUAUUACAGCCUACACAGUUUCCGAGAGACUUGUGUGUGUCAUUGUGUGUGUUACUGGCUUAUUUGUUUUCAACUACAUUAUUAGCCAAAUCUGUGCCACAUUAGCAAGUACCAAUGCCGCAAGAGUGACGUUUCAGAACCACCUUAAUGCAGUGACCCAAUUCAUGGAAGCACACGAUCUCAGUCAAUCUCUGCAGCAAAGGGUUAUUGACUACAUGAGUCUGCUGUGGAAGAAAUAUAAAGGACAGGCAUAUCCAGGAGGGCCUUUUCUGAUGCAUGACCUGCCCACUGAACUUAAGCAUAUUAUACUCAUGAAGGAGAGAGGGAAGCUUUUGUCCAAGAUUCCUUAUUUUGAACAAGCUGGAUCUGCAUUCCUUCGAGAUGUUGCAGCAAUCUCUAUGAUGUACUUUUAUCCUCGAGGAGAGAUUAUCCAGUACAGUGAAACCAUCACCCGUGAGCUGUUCUGCAUUCGAAGAGGGAUGUGUCAGAUUUUAAACGAUGAUCUCUCAGAUAUUCUGGGUCUCUACACAGAAGGAAUGUAUUUUGGAGAGGUAGGAUUCUUAUUUGGAAAACCAGCCACAAUGACAAUCCGCGCGAAAACAUACUGUGAAGUUUUGGUUAUUGACUUUGACAGAAUUAAACCAGUUCUUGACAAGUAUCCACCUAUCAAAAGUCAGAUUGAAAGAUUGCAAGAUAACAGAGCAUUUUUCCAGUGCUUGGUGAAGCAAGUGGAUUUAAUGAUGAGAAAGACACAGAAAAAAACUGGUGAGGAAGCCACGGCUGUAAAAAAAAAGGAGGCUUCUCUGGAAUAUCAAGGCCGGCGAUAUUUUAAAAAGUCCAAAUGCUAUGUUGAGGACUUUGGUAACUUCCCAAUAUAUGCUGGAUCUGAAGAAGAAUCUAUUACAGAAAAACUAGAGAAGCUCAGCAAGACGAGACUGAUACCACGCAAACCUAAAACACAGAGAGAGAGACUUCAGAUGCUCUUCUGUAGAACACUUCCACAGAUCUUUUUAUUGCGAAGUGCCAUCAUGCCAAAUGAUUCACGUUACAUCAGAUGGGAGUUUUUCCGCAUCAUUUUAGCCAUAUCCGUCAGCAUUCUCACCUCUCUCCUUAUCUCAUUCCUGCAUUUUAAAAAGCCACUGUGGAUUAUUUGCUACAUUCUUGGGGCUUUCUGCUGGAUUGACAUGUAUAUACGUUUACACGUGGGCUUCUACAAAGACAGCAAGCUGAAAGUGGACACACUGAACACAGCCAAGCACUAUAUGAAAACCAGCUUUCUAAUCGACUUCAUCAGCUGCUUCCCCUGGGAAGUGUUUGGCUGGAUGAUGGUUUCUCCAUUUGAUGAAAAGCACAAAUUUUAUACCAACGACAAGGCAAUGCACAUGUAUGCAUACUUCAGAGCCCCUCAUAUCCUGCAGCUGUAUCGUGUCCCACUUGCCUUUAAGUUCUGGCAGUCUGGAAUUGCUACCGAAAAGACGGCAGUUACUAUGCUUCAGUUCAUUAUGUAUUCCGUGCUUUUUCUUCAUUUCUCCACUUGCAUUGGGUUUGCAAUUGUAUGCCCUCCCAUUACAGACAUCACCAGUAAAAGCACAACAUACAUUUUGCCAGUGCUGAAGCAUAAUUGCACUAAAAAUUCUUGGGUGACACAUUUGGACACAUUGUACGCCAUCGAUUAUGGCACAGUCGGCUUUAGUAAACUCUACGUAACAAGUUUUUACUUUGCGACAGCAACUCUUUGUGGAGUUGGAUAUGGUGAUGUUCAUCCCUACCUCCUUUCUACACAAAUAAUUAUGACCUUUUUAAUGAUGGCUGGAGCUCUUUACUGUGGCUGGGUGGUUGGGACAAUUACUUCUAUGCUUGCCAAUGCAGAUGCUGCACGAGCAGCCUUUACAGAGAAAAUAGACUGCAUAAAGCACUUUCUGAAGAGGAACAACAUUACAGGACCUGCCUACAGCAAUAUAGUAAAGUUUUAUGUAUUCAAAUGGAUCAGAACAAAAGGUGUAGAACAGGACACACUUUUUGAGUUUCUACCAUCGUCGCUGCUUGGGGAUAUUUCCACCAUUAUCUACUCAGAUCUGAUUGCCAAGGCUUUCGGACUAAAAAUGAAGACAAGGAAGAGAACAGAAUUAAGUGUCCAGCAGCUGUCUCCAUUGGAGCGGAAGUUAUCAGGAAAACUAGAUAGUCCAAUUUUUCAUAAAAUCCUCCAGAAGGAAAGUAUGGAGAAGCUGGAGACAGAUGGAGGGUUUAUUCGGAUGUUGGCUAGGCAGAUUCGGCCUUGCCUUUUCAGAGCCAAUGAUGUUAUCUGCAGGAGGAAUGACUUUGGAUCAGAGAUGUUCUUCAUCGAGAAAGGAGAGGUUGAUGUUCUGUCCCAGGAUGAGCGAAACGUGAUAGUCAAACUUAAAGCUGGACAGUACUUUGGAGAAGGAAGCCUCCUUUUCUCAGAACCUCGGUCAACAACAAUCAGGGCUGCUACAAAUUGUGAUAUGUAUGUGUUGUCAAAGAAGAGUUUGGAUGAAACGGUGAAAUAUUACCCCGAUAUCUGCAAGGAAAUCAAGGAGGCUGCAGCAGCUAAACGAGACCUCCUGAUAAAGCUUAAAGCUCAACAAUUGCUCACAAAGACACCUGGAGACAAGGGAAGAGCUUCAUUUCAGAAUGGAACUGGACUUAUUAAGUUUUACAAAGACUAUAUGAAAGAUCAAGCACACAAGUCCAAUGUUGCUUUGCCUCUGAAUAUUCGGAUGAGGAAUAAUAUCAUAAACUUCUACAGAAGUUUUCUGAAUGGGAUUGUCAAAAUCCACAAUACAACCAUUGAUCCUGAGAAUAAAAUCAGAGUCAUUUAUCAGUAUUCCUCCUGUGUCUUGAUCGUUUUCAGCUUUUGGGCUAUCUCAUUCAUGCCUACUGUUUUUGAAGUUGAUAAAAGCAUUUUUUUGUUAACGAUGAUUAUAGAAUACAUCCAAAUGCUUGAGAUUAUAGUUAAGUUUCGCAUUUGCUAUUAUGAUGAAAAAAGAACCUACAUCUCCGAUUAUGAAUCUGUGUCAAAAAACUACUUGAAGAACAAAGUUGGGUUUUUUUACGACAUUUUAUCCUCUUUCCCCUAUGGUCUUACAGUCAUGCACUUAGCCAGAGAAACAGAUAAAUCUACGUUUUUGGCUGUGUUAGUGUGGGUCCGGACAGGUCAUUUGUUCAGGAUUUUCUCUGUUUUAGUAUUUAUGCAAAGUGAAGACAAUUCUAUCAGUACCACUGUUAUGGGAAUUCGAGUGAUCAAAUAUGUAGUACAUGCAAUUCUGUUUGUACACAGCUGUGCUAUUGUAUUUGUGAUGCUGGCUUGCCCAUUGAAAUGCAAUCCCGAUGCAUGGUAUUCAGUUAUAGAUGUUUCCUAUUUUUCGGAACUCUACGCCUAUGCUUUUUACUGGACGCUGGCAACUUUCACAACCACUGGCUAUGGCGAUAUCCGGGCUUGCACAUAUGCAGAAAUGUGUUUUUCCAUUUUUGUCAUGAUUGCUUCCAAAAUAUUGAUUGCCUAUCAUAUGGGAACAAUAUCUUCCACACAGACAAACAAACAUGCUCUUCAGGUUGCAUAUGAAGAGAAACUGCAGACUGUCAAAGACUAUAUGAAUGAUGAAAAUAUCCCCCCAUCUUUACAAGAGCGUGUGAUUCAGUUCUAUAACAAUAGAUGGACGUGUAAUAAGGGGAUAGAUUCUGAAACUCUGUUCAGAGACACACCUAGCUGUAUGAAAACGGAGGUUUUUGCCAGGAUUAGUGUAAGUCUUCUGAAGAAGCAACAACUGUUCACCCAUUUGUCAGAAACCUAUCUUCGCCACAUCUCUACCAAAAUGAAACUGAUGAGCUACAUUACUGGUGAGUUCUUGUCCAGAAAAGGAGACAUCGGCACGCAGAUGCUACUGAUCUUGAAUGGGAAGGUGAGGGUGAUCUCAUAUGGGCCCGACCAGAAAGAGGAAGUGGAGUUCUUGUCUAGGGGCAGGUCGUAUGGGGUCAUCUUCCUGCUGAGGCGCAAGAGGUGUGAGGAGUCAGUCAUCGCAGAGAAUUAUGUGGACAUUCUGUCUCUGUCUAAGGAGGACCUUGAGGAGGUGGGGACCUUCUACCCUGAUGUCAUGAGCAAGUUGCUGAAGAGAGCAAGUCUGAUCUAUGAGCUAAAUGUCACAAAGGGAGAGUUAAAACAGCGCUGACGAGGGCUGAAACACAAGUGCACUAAGUGUACGAACAUGAAGGUCUGAUUCUCCAGGAAUUGUUUUUAAAUGGUUUGUAAUGUGUCCUAUAUUGUCUUUAAUUUUCACUAGCUUCAACCCACCUGGAAUGCUGUCUUCCAAUAGUUACAGCACUGCCUUCAAGCAAAACAGAUACAGUAACAUCUUCCUAGUACCUAAUCUUCCACCGGCCAGCCUUGUGAAUUACUUUGACAAAACAGGGAAAUUGGAAGUUUAUAGUGUAAAUUGUUCAUGGAGAAUUAAUAAAAUGUUUAGAAGAUUUCAGCAUUGGAAAAACCAACUUUUUAUUUAAACCACAAAUAAAUAUUUUAGCCUG